GCUUUGACUCUUCUGCCUAUACAAACUCCAGCCUCGGGGCGCUGGGGGCGGCACUCUGGGAGACACCUUGGAGAGUGGAGCUCCUGGACCCCAGGCAUGAGGAACACAAGCAAGGAGCUGCAAGGCGCCACCAACCGUUACGCGCCCUGCGAUUGGUAUUACCAUCUUCCAGUGAAGCGGUCUGAGAAGGCUGUGGACGCACCACCGACAUCGCAGAUCCCAGGGCUUAGUGAUCUCGGAGAUAAACAAAAUGGAAAUGCAUUUGGGACUCGUCGAUACUGGAUAAAAGAAACUGACUCGGAGUACGUCAAACUCGCCAAACAAGGUGGCAGGCCUGAUCUGUUGAAGCACUUUGGCCCUGGAACCCGGAAAGGCUCUCCGGUAACAUACACGAUGCCAGAUUGGUACAUACAUCACAGCAAACCCCCAACAGCAGAUCAGAAAGAGGUCCCUGUUAUCUCUAUGCCAGAUUAUAUGGUAUAUGAAGAAUUUAACCCUGAUCAGUCCAAUGGGAACUAUGAAUCCAGGAGAGGGCCCUUUGACUUUGACAUGAAAACAGUUUGGCAGAGAGAGGCUGAGGAACUUGAAAAGGAGAAGAAAAAGGUGAGGCUGCCAGCUAUUACCUCAAAGCAUCCAAGCAAAGUGGGAACUCCUGUCAGCUCCAAAGAGACUUCUGGAAAUAGACUAUCCUUUCCUCCAAUGCCUGGUCAAAAAAACAGUUCACCAACAAACUUUUCCAAACUUAUUAGCAAUGGUUAUAAGGAUGAGUGGUUACAGCAGCGAGCAGAGUCGGAGAAGAGGAGUGUGCACUCCUCAAGAACGUCGGUGUCAUCCAGGUCUGCAGAGGACCCUGAAGAGCCCCAAGAGACUGGGACGCCUCCAGAGCCAGCGCUCCCCGAGGGCUCUCCGAAAGCUGAAGAGUCAACUAUUCCAAGUGCAACAGCAACCCCGUCUGCAUUAACACCUGAGGAGCCCAAAUGAUUCCUAACAGUCUAUGUGUUUAGCACAGUUAUUUUUAUGCACCUAUCUGACAUGACUGUGUUUCAGCUAUAGUUAUAAGGUUAUUGUUAGAUUUUAGUAAUAUAAAUUCUUAUGAAAUAUUUACUUUGCUCUAGAUUUGUCAUCCUUGUAGCCUAAAUUGUGUAUGUGUUGAGUUUUAUAUAUUUCCUUUUUCUGGAGUGUCUCAUGUUGCUUUUGUUGCCUUUGGCCUAAGGAUGUCCCAGGAUCUUAGAACCAAUCACUUCUUCCCUGGUAUGUCAAUGGCUGAUAUCACUUCCCAGUGCUGGACUACUGUUACAUAGUAGUUCUCCUGUAAUCAAUUGUUUAGAGUCUUUAACUAGAAAAACACUUAUAGAAUUUGUUUUCACCCUUCAUUAUUUUAUUCUUGACCUUUUUAGAAGUAAAUUUUUGGUUAUAAAAUACUUAAUUCUGAAAUACUGUGAUACAGCUUAUAAAAAUAAACUUUUAAUUUAGUAUGCCUUAAAGUUGUAAACACUUAAGAACAUUGUAGCCUUUGCUAAUUUGAAAUUUUUCCUGAUACCUUUUGCAUAAAGUGAAAUCCAAAAUAUUAAUAACUUACUAUAUUCUGUCUGAAGCAAAUGUUUAAUUUAAAUAUUGACCAGACAUAAGAAUUUUUAAUAAUUACCUUGUUUUUAAAUUGUUGUUAUUGUUUAUAUACAAGUAAGUAGUAUUAGAAUUUGGUUUAUAUUUGCUAUCUUUAAUUCAUUAAUAAAACAAUCAUUUUCUGCAGGAAGAUUUUCAGCAAACCUAAUAAGGUCAUAGAUAUUUUAACUUCCUUCCUAGAAUAAACUUAUCAUGCAUUUGCUCACCUAACAUUGUAAAUUAGUUCUUUAAAUGAGGUAUUUAAUUGUGCACAUCUAUAUGACUGGAUUAAACAGAUAUUACUAUUGAAGAUUGUACAAUGUGAAAGGUUGUAUAUACUUAACAAAAAAAGUUACUAUUGAAUAAAAAGAAUUAUACCAUUA